CUGACAUUGUUUGCUGUCAAACAUUGGAUGCAAACACCGUAGUGGGGUCGAGCGGUACCGCUAGUGCGCUAUCACCACGAUUGGUCAGCGAGCCCCUCGAGGCACGUCGUGCCGUUACUGGUGGGCGUAUCCGAGCGCUCCGGAGAGGUGCAGGACGCAGCAGGGUGAAAAAGAACGGGGUGCGCGUGAAAGGAAAAAGAAGUUGAAGUUGAAGAAGAAGAAGAAGAAGAAGAAGAAAGAGACCAACGAAGAGGAGAAGAAAGGAAACAUGAUCGUUCGGUGUGUUGUGUGGUUGAACGAGGUAAAAAGGAUGUAGAAAGGAAAUAAUUGGAGAUAUCGAGUGAAUAUAUAUAUAUAUAUAUGUAUAUGUAUAUGUGACGGUGUGAUCGCGUGCCUAAUUUGCAAAAGUGCGAGCAGGGGGGAGUAGGGAGAAAAAACGUUCGAAGCAUGGUGAAUAUGGAGGGUUCGGGCGAACAGCAUACCGUGACAGCUUCGCCGCCGCCGCCACGGGCUGCCCUCAAGAGUAACUUUAGUAUUCGUAGCAUCUUACCCGAAGCGUGUGCCGGGACCCCGGCGCCGCCGCCACCACCGCCGCCGCCGCCACCGCUGCCGCUGUCGGUCAGCCAGUCCGACUCUUCCGACGUCGGUCACGCCGACGACAGUGACGAUUGCAGUGAUCUCGACGUUACCGGUGGUGGCGCGGAAACGCCACCCUUGGAUUGCUCGACGAGCGCAACGUCCGUCAGUCCGACCAGCCAGAAGGACUCGAAGGAGCAGUCGGAGGACAAGAAGAAGGCGGAGAAACCGCCGUACAGUUACAACGCGCUCAUCAUGAUGGCCAUUCGACAAAGCCCCGAGAAGCGACUGACUCUAAACGGCAUUUACGAAUACAUAAUGCGCCACUUUCCCUACUACGAAAAUAACAAGCAGGGUUGGCAGAAUUCCAUUCGGCACAAUCUAUCCCUGAACAAGUGUUUCGUCAAGGUGCCUCGUCACUACGACGACCCGGGAAAGGGCAAUUACUGGAUGCUGGAUCCAAGCUCCGAGGACGUGUUCAUCGGAGGUGCGACGGGCAAACUCCGACGCAGGACUACGGCGGCUUCCAGGUCUCGACUGGCGGCCUUCAAGAGGAGCGUCGUACUCGGUGGCCUUUAUCCGACGCCUUACGCACCGCCGGGCUGGCCGACCUCGCUCUAUCUGCCGUCGUCGCUCUGUCUUCACCGCGCCGUUGCGGCCUAUCCGCCGGUCACCGCCGGCUCUUACACCACCACCCCUGCCGGAUAUCCCGCCAGCUUGUUGCCCGGAGCGGCAACCGCCGCCUCCUCCUCGUCGGCUGCGAGCUUGCCUUGCAAACCGCAGCCUCUCCCAGCGACGGCGGCGCCUCCGACUCACGGAGCCUUCUCCGUCGAGAGGUUACUGCAAGCACCCACCGGCUAUCCCGGCGGUAUCGGCAUUUCGACGUCCGGAAUCUCGCCUACGGGAAAUCCCUAUCAAGAUUUCUAUAGCACCCUGAGAUCUAUUACGAUACCACCGAUCCCGGCCUCGAUAUUUCAUCAACAAUCCAGAUAUCAUCUCGGUCAAACGCCUCAGGUUCUGAGUCAACCACCCUCUAGUACGGCUUCGCCCGGAAGCAGUCCAGAGCCGAUGGCUCCGCAUUCGCCGCCGGCUACCGUCUGCAAUUCUGUCCAGCCAUCGAGACCGCUUCCUCACAGUCCGCCGCAGCUUCUUCUGAAACCCAUCACGGUCCUCACUGGUCGACAAAGCUGAAUCGCGAUCCAAUUGUAAUCGAUAUUCAAAUAUGGAUCUUUGCCAUCUCUUCGACCGAGUGCAGCCGAGUGCAGCCGAGUGCAGCCGAGACGUCAGACGAGUUUCACUCCGCAAAAUUAACAUUUCCACAAAGGUGAUGAAAGUUUCCAUAACCUGAUGAAACUUGAUGAAUUUAGCUGGACUAAAUUUUCUCUCCACACUUCUUAACUUCUUUUCUUUUUAUUCGUAUUAUUCAACUACGCGAUUUUAGCAGCGAACAAAAAGUUGCAACGUAGCUAAAUCGGAUAUGAUGUAUUUCUCGCGAAAAAUUUACAAAAUCGAUCGAUAUGUUAAAUAGCAUAGUAUUUAUAAAUAAAAAUACAAAUUUUGCGAUUUCGGUAUUUCCGAUGCGAAUGUACCAGCGAUUGUAUUCAAUUUAUUUAAUUGUCGAUACUUGUGAAUUCAUCCUCGUUUAUUCACAUUUUCUCUACGCGAUAUCGCUUCUCCUGUAAAUAUUGUGUUGUCAAACGAUGGCGUCGCUGAAACUUUACCAAAAUGUAAAUCUUGAGAUUGAAUCUCAAUGACUUUCGAACGGAAGAAUAGUAUAACGAUAUAUAAAUACACACACACACACACACACACAUAUAUAUAUAUGUGUAUGUAUGUAUGUGUGUAUGUAUGUAUGUAUGUAUGUAUAGGCAGAAUUUGAACUUGUGAUCUCUCUUUGAUGGUCCUAGUGUGUACAACGCCGAUUAAUCGAUAAUUAUGUAUAGUCGGAUUUAUAGAUAGUCAUUCUCGCAGUUUGUUAUUAACGUGUACAUAGAAAUUAUUGUUGCUAAAGAUAUUAUAAAUAUUAUAUAUGUAUAUAGAACUGAGAUUGACAAGGAUAAACGCCUGUGAGAAACAUAUAUGAUGUCAGUAAAAUAAAUGUCUGAAACUUUUUUAAAAA